AUGGAGAGUGUUGUAGCUCUGCUGCUGUUGCUGCUCUGCUGUCUGUCUGGAGCCCAGGUCCACAGAGACGGAGUCAGCGUGAAUGAGAUCCAGCAGUUUGACUAUGAGGAUGGAGAAAGCAGAGGGAGUGACAUUCAGGUUGACAAGCAAAGAGCGGAAGCUGCAGCCUCAACACACCGCCAGCAAACCUGCCAGCCUGACAUCCACACUGUGCUGAGAGAGAUGAACACAAUGAUGGUGGAGCAGAGAGUUGAGCUGAGACACACAAAGACUGAACUGGGAGCCAUGGAGGCCCGACUGAGAGCCAGUGAGAGCCAGGUGGAGGAACUGAAGUCCAAAGUGGAGGAACAGACUAGAAGGAAUGAAGGUUAGCACAAUAAUACUGUAGUUAAUAAUACUACAUAUAGAUUAUUUCAUAAGUAUGUGACUGUUUAUCUCACACAUUGUUUUGUGCAUCUUAUUUCAGCACAAGCAGUGGAACUAAGCUCAAUGGAGACUCGUUCUAACAUAACUGAGAGCCACGUUGAAGUUCUGAAGAGACAUAUUGAAGGUAAUAUUUAGAGUAAUGUUUGAAAAACGUUUUACCAUAACGUUUGUCACCAGUAGUGAAACAGCAGAGCAGUAAUCUUUCCUAUGUGCAUAAAGCCUAGCUAUUUUUAUUUUUUAACCAGGCAAGUCAGUUCAGAACAAAUUCUUAUUUACAAUGACGGCCUACACCGGUCAAACCCGGACGACGCUGGGCCAACUGUGCGCCGCCCAAUGGGACUCCCAAUCACGGCCGGUUGUGAUACAGCCUGGAAUCGAACCAGGGGGUCUGUAGUGACGCCUCAAGCACUGAGAUGCAGUGCCUUAGACCGCUGCGCCACUGUUAACCACUGACAAGAUGGUUUCAUUAUGAUCAUCUGAAUGACUGACCUUAUUGUUGAUGACAUGUCUGAUAUGACCCAGAGGUAUCAAUAUUAUUGCGUUUGCAGUGACCAGUUUGAUAAAGUAAUAUCGACUCAUCUACAUUUCACAGACAGAAAGGUGGCUUUCUCAGCCUCACUUGGAGGACCUGCUUUUAGUGGACAAGUUGGACCCUUCAACACUGGAACCACCCUGGUCUACAGACAUGUCUACACAAAUAUUGGCAAUGCUUAUAACCCCACUACAGGUACAGUACAUAAUACACAUCACCUGUUGUCACAGGCACUUUGCAACCAAAUUAUAUAUAGUGUCAUGCUUUAUGUUAAUCUGUUUAAACAUCUACAAAAAAAGCCUAAAUGUUGUGUUCUGAUACAGGGAUCUUCACAGCACCAGUGAAAGGACUCUACCUGUUCAGGUUUUACGUCUUUGCGUGGGGUGAUGAUUCAGUUCCUACUACCACGUUUAAGAAUGGACAUCAAAUAGCUAUGGCAUACGCUCGCCAAGCUGCUGGUAGUGUUAAUUCCUCCAAUGGAGUGUCACUCCUGCUGGAG